AUUUUUGUUUUUUAUACUUUUAAUCAAAUCCGAUCUCUCUCUUCACGGAUCUCUAAAGCUUCCCCUUUCUGGGUUUUCAUUUUCUUUGGAGGUUUGAUCAACAACUCAUCCAAUUUUUACUUUUCCACAUUGUCAAUGGCAUCUUCUUCAGACCCAUGGGUAAAAGAAUACAAUGAAGCAGUAAAAAUUGCAGAUGAUAUCAAUGGCAUGAUAUCUGAAAGGAUUUCCUUGCCUGCAUCAGGACCGGAAACUCAGCGUCAUACAUCAGCUAUAAGAAGGAAGAUUACGAUUUUAGGAACUAGACUAGAUGGAUUGCAGGCCACAUUGUCUAGACCUACUGGGAAGCCCUUAACAGAGAAGGAGAUGAAUCGUCGCAAGGACAUGGUUACGAAUUUGAGAUCAAAAGCUAAUCAGAUGGCUUCUGCAUUCAACAUGUCAAACUUUGCUAACAGAGAUAGCUUGCUGGGGCCAGAAAUUAAGCCAGAUGCCAUGAGUAGAACAGUUGGUUUGGAUAACUCUGGUCUUGUUGGUCUUCAACGACAAAUAAUGAAAGAGCAAGAUGAGGGUCUUGAGAAGUUGGAGGAGACUGUAGUAAGUACAAAGCAUAUUGCAUUGGCGGUCAAUGAAGAACUUGAUCUGCAUACCAGACUCAUUGAUGACCUGGAUCAACAUGUGGAUGUUACUGAUUCUCGCCUACGGAGAGUGCAGAAAAACCUGGCAAUUUUGAACAAGCGUACCAAAGGCGGUUGUUCCUGUAUGUGUAUGCUUUUAGCUGUUAUCGGAAUCGUGAUUCUGGUUGUCGCCAUAUACCUACUGAUCAAAUACUUGUAAUACCAACAACAGCAAACACAACAAGCUUGCCCUUCUUGUUUUUCUGUGUUGUGUGUGGAAUUGGUUUUCAACUUUUAUUUCCAUGUUGGAAACUUCUUAUUUGGCUUUUGGUUGAGAAUGCUGAGCUGUUUGAACAACUUACAGUAUGUUUGGAUUAAGGGGAAAGGAAGGAAAGGAAAGAAAAAUAAAGGAAAGCAAUGGAAACAUAAAAACCUUUCCUUUGUUUGGAUAAGUUUUCAAUUUAAAGGAAAUGAAAGAUGGGGAAACUCAAUAACCCUUGGUUUCCUCUAUAGCUUUCAUUUUUUUAAUACCCGG